CAAAUAAAAUAUAUCAUAGUCAACACUUAGCUUUCACGUCACAGUUGAAUAAACUCUGCAAACUAUUCUCUUCGUAUCCUAUCCGGCUCAGAAUGGCUCCCAGAAAAUCCAAGGCCCAGAAGGAAGAGACGCAGGUCCACCUGGGACCUCAGGUUUACGACGGCGAGGACGUCUUUGGCGUGGCCCACAUCUUUUCCAGCUUCAAUGACACGUUCGUCCAUGUCACCGACUUGUCCGGCCGCGAAACCAUUGUCCGCGUCACCGGCGGCAUGAAGGUUAAAGCCGAUCGCGACGAGGCUUCGCCCUACGCUGCUAUGCUGGCUGCCCAGGAUGUCGCCGAGAAGUGCAAGACCCUUAGCAUCACCGCCCUUAAGAUCAAUCUGCGUGCUACUGGCGGCAACAAGAACAAGACUCCCGGACCUGGUGCCCAGUCUGCUCUGCGAGCUCUGGCCCGUUCCGGAAUGAAGAUUGGUCGCAUCGAGGACUGCGUUCCCAUCCCCUCUGAUAGCACACGCAAGAAGGGCGGUCGUCGUGGUCGCCGUCUGUAAGCGCUAUUCUAUGUUGUAUCUGCCUCAAAACUAUUAAUAAAGCAAAUGAAAAGUC